UCAGAUGAAGGUAACCUGUCCUCUGAACCACAUGCAGUGUGUUGGCACACAGACAUGCGUGUCCUACUCGCAAGUGUGUGAUGGGUCGACAGACUGUGAAGACGGAUCUGAUGAGGGUGUACACUGCAGAGAGCUGGUGCAGAGCUGCGAGGAGCUAAAGUGUGAAUUUGGCUGUGUGAUGUUGAGGACCAAAGCUUUGUGUUACUGCGCUCAGGGAAUGGAGUUGGCAGAGAAUGGGAGGACUUGCAGAGAUCAGGAUGAGUGUGCAGUUUACGGUGUGUGUAGUCAGACGUGCAUGAACACACCCAUCUCCUACAAAUGUGGUUGUGUGGACGGUUUUAGUCUCCAGACAAACAGAAGGUCCUGCAAAGCCAAAACCGAUCCUGGAGAUCGACCGCCAAUGCUAAUAACAGCCAGCAUUAAUUCUAUAACAGUAACACAUCUAAAUGGAUCAUCUGCGUCAAAUCUGACGCUCUCACACAUAGAUAAAGUUCAGACAAUGGACUUUAUUUACAGAGACGAGAUGAUCUGCUGGAUCUCAGUCGGUCAGCUGUGGUGCUCUAAAAUGAAUAAACAUGGAGGAAUCUCAGAGACACGGCAAAUAAGAGUAGCAGAGAAUCUGCAAUAUGUGGAACAUAUGGCUAUAGACUGGCUCACUGGAAAUUUCUACUUUGUGGAUCAAGUGAGUGAUCGUAUAUCUGUGUGCAGCGAGAAAGCAGACGCAUGUGUCACAAUAAUAGAUCUGGACAUUCACAACCCUAAAGCAAUUGCACUGGAUCCUGAAGUGGGGAAACUAUUUUUCACUGAUUAUGGAAAUGGUGCCAAAGUGGAGCGCUGCAGUCUGGACGGAUCUGACCGGAGCAGGAUUGUUAAAAUUGGAACAGAACAGCCAGCAGCAUUAACUCUUGACCUGGUUAAGAAACUCGUGUACUGGGCCGACGACUCUCUUGGCUUUAUUGCAGUCGUGGAUUAUGAUGGGAGACAGAGGCAAAUAAUCACUCAAGGGAAUUCGGUGUCACACCUGCACGGAUUAGCGCUCUUUGAAGAUUUUCUGUACGCGACAUGUUCAGAACCCUCCAGAAGCUCAGAGAACGUUUUGAGGAUAAACCGUUUCAACAGCAGUGACACGCAGACUCUCUUCAAGCUGAAAAGUCUGAGAGAUGUGAGAGUUUAUCACAGACUCGCUCAGCCCACGGUAAAAACACACGCAUGUGCUUUUGAUGAACACGGCAGAAGAGGAGGAUGUUCCCAUGUGUGUCUCCUUAGAAACAGCUAUCAGACACGUACUUGUCGCUGUCGCACUGGAUACCUGCUCUUAAACGAUGGAAGGUCCUGCAAGAAGUUAAAGGACGCGCCGUUUGUGUUUUAUGGAAAAGGUCGUCCUGGGGCCGUCCAUGGAUUUGAGAUGGAUGCACAGUCACGUGAUGAGCAAAUGAUUCAAAUUGAAGCAUUAAGAAGCCCAGGUGCUCUUGACUACCAUGCUGCGAGUGGCUACAUCUAUUUUGCUGACACUGCUGAUGCCCUCAUUGGACGGCAGAAAGUGGACGGGACUGGACGGGAAACCUUGAUCAAAGACGGUCUUUAUAAUGUGGAGGGGAUUUCUCUGGACUGGUUGGGUAAUAAUCUGUACUGGAUAAGUUCCGGCCACAGAAGCUCCAUCAGUGUAAUGUGUGUGGAGCGAGGAAUGGAAAGCAGGAAAACUCUGCUGGACAGAGGAAUGCUGCAUCCCAGAGCCAUCGUCGUGGACCCCAUCGGAGGCUGGAUGUACUGGACAGACUGGAUGGAGGACAAGAUGAACAACAGCAGAGGAAGAAUAGAGAAAGCAUGGAUGGACGGUUCUCAUCGGCAGAUUCUCGUCUCUUCCGGCAUUUUGUGGCCGAACGGCUUGACGCUCGAUCACUCCUCCAGCACUCUGUACUGGUGUGAUGCUUUUUACAAGCGCAUUGAGAAAAUCCACUUCAAUGGAACGCACAGAACUGUGCUCUAUGAUGGAAAGGAGUUGAAUCAUCCCUUCAGUAUCUCACACUACCAAAAUUACAUUUUCUGGACGGAUUAUACGAACGCUUCAAUCUACAGACUGGAUCUUUUAUCUGGUGACGCCACACUGGUGCGGCAGGAGACUCCGCCUUUGUUCGGACUUCAGGUUUACGAUCCACAGAAACAGCAAGGCAAUAAUGCAUGUGUGUUAGACCGAGGUGGCUGUAGUCUAUCAGCUCUCUGUCUCGCUGUACCUGGCGGCCACGUGUGUGCUUGUUCAGACAACCAACACCUGCUUCAAGACAAUCUCACCUGCUCAGCCUUGGCAGUGUUAUCAGACUCCAAGCAGUGCAGUCAGGAUGAAUUUCAGUGUCAAAAUCAGCGAUGUAUUCAGCUGAUGUGGCGCUGCGAUGGUGAUGAUGACUGUUCAGAUGGAAGUGAUGAAGAAAUGCAACUCUGCUUGAAUCGCACCUGCCCUCCUGAUCAGUUCAAGUGUCAUAAAAGCCGGUGCAUUCCUAAAAAGUGGCUUUGUGACGGAGCCGACGACUGUGGGAACAAUGAAGACGAGGCAGACCUCACCUGCUCAGCUCAGACGUGCCAGCACGGACAAUUCUCUUGCCAAAACGGCCGAUGCAUCCCAGACAGUUGGCGCUGUGAUCGUGACGAUGACUGCGGUGAUGCAUCAGACGAGCCUUCAUCAUGCAAUUUCCCCUCGUGUUCUCCUCUCACCCAGUUCAGCUGCUCUAAUGGAAGAUGCAUCAACGCCAAAUGGCGCUGUGAUUCAGAGGAUGACUGUGCUGAUGGUAGUGAUGAAGUGGAGUGUGUGCGUGUGUGUUCACUGGGGCAGUUUCAGUGCUUCAAUGGAAAGUGUGUACCAGAGCACUGGGUGUGUGAUGGAGACGAUGACUGUGGAGAUAAGAGUGAUGAAAACACAACGUGUGGAGCAUCGACCUCCAUCAUUAGUGACUGCAGCGAGGCGGAGUUCCGUUGUCAUAGUGAUGGGUUGUGUAUACCACAGCGGUGGCGCUGUGAUGGCGAAAGUGAUUGUAAGGAUGGGAGUGAUGAGGUCACCUGUGAUGGAGUCAGAAGAUUCUGUGACCCCAAAGCAAAGUUCACCUGUAAAAGCUCAGGGAAGUGUAUCUCCAAGAGCUGGGUGUGCGAUGGUGAUCAGGACUGUAAGGAUCGCUCCGACGAGGAGGGGUGUGCUGCAUCAGUGUGUACACCUCCCUCGUUUUCCUGCGCUAAUGACACAGCAGUAUGUUUACCCCCAGAACGAAUUUGUGACGGACGAAGCGAUUGCACUGACCAAUCAGACGAAGGUCACUACUGCAACCGGUGCUCUUUAGAUAACGGAGGCUGUAGUCACGGCUGUGCUGUAGCUCCAGGUAAAGGCACCGUGUGUCUUUGCCCUGUGGGUUUUCAUCUCGCCCCUGAUGGACGCACCUGUGAACCUGAGGAUGUCUGUUCUGCACACACACGCUGUAGCCAAGUGUGUGAACAACACAAACAUUUCAUCAAAUGCACCUGUUAUCCAGGAUGGAGGCUGGAAUCUGAUGGAGAGAGCUGUCAGAGCACAGAUCCAUUCGAGCCAUUUGUGAUAUUCUCCAUUCGGCAUGAAAUUCGCCGUAUCGACCUGAAGACGGGUGAUUACAGUCUGCUCGUUCCAGCACUGAGGAACACCAUCACGCUGGAUUUCCAUUUUAGCCAAAGGCUGCUUUACUGGACUGAUGUGGUGGAGGAUCAGAUUUACUCUGGCAAAAUCUCUGACAGCGGAGGUGUUUCAGGGAUCAGGGUGGUCGUGCAGCAUGGACUGGCCACUCCUGAAGGUUUAGCAGUUGAUUGGAUUGCUGGAAAUCUGUACUGGAUCGACAGUAAUCUCGAUCAGAUCGAGGUGUCUAAAAUGAACGGCGAGAUGCGCUCUACGCUGAUCGCUGGAGGAAUGGAGCAUCCGCGUGCCAUCGCUGUGGAUCCGGGACAAGGGGUUCUGUUCUGGACCGAUUGGGAUGCCAUGUUCCCUCGUAUCGAGGGCGCCUCAAUGAGCGGCUCCGGUCGCCAUGUGGUGUAUGAAGAUAUGGAGGUGGGGGCGUGGCCUAACGGACUUGCUCUCGAUCACCUGGAGAGGAGGAUCGUGUGGACCGAUGCCAGAUCUGAUGCUAUUUACUCCUCCCUUUACGAUGGAACUGGCUUGAUCGAGAUCCUAAGAGGUCAUGAGUACCUGUCUCAUCCAUUUGCCGUGUCUAUCUUUGGAGGUGAUGUAUUCUGGACUGACUGGAGGACAAACACCCUAACCAAAGCCAGUAAAUGGACCGGUGCCAAUGUCACUGUAAUACAAAAGACCAGCGCUCAGCCUUUCGACCUUGAGGUCUUCCACCCGAGUCGGCAGCCUCAGACUCCAAACCCAUGUGACAGUAAUGGCGGAAAAGGUCCCUGUUCUCAUCUUUGUCUGAUCAACUACAACAGCUCUGCCUCCUGUGCCUGCCCUUACCUUACGAAACUUUCUUCAAACAACCACACCUGCCAAGUCGUGAAAAGGUUUUUGCUGUACGCCCGGAGAUCCGAAAUCCGAGGGGUGGACACAGACAAUCCCUACAUCAACAUCGUCACGGCAUUGACGGCGCCCGACGUUGAUGAUGUCACAGCUGUAGAUUACGACGCCGAAGAGGAGCGGAUUUACUGGUCCGACGUUAAAACUCAGACGAUUAAGCGGGCAUCGAUUAACGGAACCAACCUGGAGACUGUCGUAUCUGGAGAUCUGCUGAAUGUUCGAGGUUUGUCUGUGGACUGGUUGUCCAGAAACCUGUACUGGAUGAGUUCAGAUGGCGAGGAGAAUCACAUUAACGUUGCCCGUUUAGAUGGAUCUCUUAGAACCACCGUCCUUCAUGGCAUCGAUAAGCCAAAGUGCCUCGUUCUGCAUCCAUCGAAAGGGAAACUGUACUGGAUUGAUGGAAAUACCAUUAACAUGGCAAACAUGGAUGGCAGCAACAACAAGAUCCUGCAUCAGAACCAAAAAGAGCCAGUCGGUCUAUCUAUUGACUUUUCUUCUGGCAAACUCUAUUGGAUCAGUUUAGAAAAUGGCACCAUCAGUAGAUGUAAUCUGGACGGCAGUGGUCUGGAAGUGAUCGAGAGCCUGAAGAAGAUGCUGACGAAGGCAACGGCGCUGGCUGUUAUGGGGAGUAAGUUGUGGUGGGCAGAUGAGACCUUGGCUCAGAUCGGCACUGUGAAAAAGAAAGAUGGACAAAACAUGGCAGUUCUCAGGACCAAAACUUCAGGAGUGGUUCAGAUCAGAUUGUACGACAAGGAUGGACAGAAAGGUGAAAACGGGUGUGUGCUGAGUAACGGCGGCUGUUCUCAGCUCUGCCUGCCGACCUCCGAGCACUCCCGCGCCUGCUUGUGUACCACAGGUUACAGUCUAACCGAGGAUCGCUUCACUUGCAGAGGAGUGGAGUCGUUCCUGUUUUAUUCGUCUCAUGACGGGAUCCGUGGAGUAUCGCUGGACCCCGGCGAUAAUUCAGACGCUCUGAUUCCUGUAACUGGAACACUGUUAGCGGCCGGACUGGACUUCCAUGCAGCUAAUGACACUUUGUACUGGACUGACCUGGGUUCGAACAAAAUCUUCAGAGCUGCUAGAGAUCAAUCUUGGAGGGAGGAGGUGAUAAACAGCGGCAUCGGACGCACCGAAGGAGUAGCGCUGGAUUGGAUUGCAGGAAACAUUUACUGGACGGAUCAUGGCUCUGAUCUUAUUGGGGUGUCUCGACUGAACAGUGCGUAUCGAGCCGUGAUUGUAUCCGAAGGACUUGAUCAACCUCAAGCUAUUGCUGUUCAACCACUGAUAGGCUUCCUAGUGUGGACAGAAUCGGGACAGACUCCAAAAAUUAGCAGAUCUCGCCUGGAUGGUUCAGAGCGGACAGUCCUGGUUAACUCUGGAAUAAUCUGGCCGAGCAGCAUUGCAAUAGACUAUAAGGAAAAUAAAUUAUACUGGUGUGACGCACGCACACACAGAAUCGAGAGAAUCGCCCUGGGGAGCGGCAAGGAACGAGAGAUUAUUCUAAAAGAAAGCGACGCUGAUAUUUUCUCCAUUGCUGUGUUUGGAUCUUACCUCUACUGGGCUGACAGGUCUUAUGCUAAUGGCUCGAUUCGACGGGGCACUAAAAACGAUGCUUCGAGCGCCAUGACACUCCGGAGCAACCUGGGAAAAAACCUGAGAGAUGUGAAAGUGUUUAACCAUGAUCGGGAGAAAGGCACUAACGAGUGCGGCCGCGGUAACGGAGGCUGUGAGCAGCUCUGCUUUUACCUGGGGAGUAACAGGAAGUCGUGUUCCUGCUCUCAUGGCUAUUUAGCGACAGAUGGAGUAUCAUGUCAGGCAUAUGAAGCGUACCUGCUGUAUUCAGAGAGAACAUCGCUGAGGUCCACACACAUCUCGCAGCGCUGGAGUCCAAAGUCUGUGAACCCUGUUCCAUCCUACCAGAACCCAAACUAUUUUAAAGACAUCGUUGCAUUAACCUUCGAUUAUCGGCAGGCAAGAAAGCGCAUCUUUUUCAGUGACGUCCAUUAUGGCAACAUACAAGUGAUUAAUGAUGACUGGACGGAGCGACGCAUCAUCGCUGAGAAUGUGGGCUCAGUGGAGGGUUUGGCGUAUCAUCGAGGAUGGAACACGUUAUAUUGGACCAGCUCCUCUACGUCUACAAUCACACGGCACACGGUCGACCAGACCCAAUCCAGACCCUUUAGCCUGGACACAGUGGUCCAAAUGGACAGAGACGACCACCCUCAUGUUCUCGCAUUGGACGAGUGUCAAAAUCUGAUGUUUUGGACUAACUGGAAUGAGAAGAGGCCAAGCAUCAUGAGAUCAUCACUGUCGGGGAGAAACAUUCACAUUAUCAUUAGUGAGCGAGUUCUUACUCCUAAUGGACUGACUAUUGACCAUAGAGCUGAGAAACUCUACUUUUCUGAUGGCACUCUGGGUUCAGUGGAGCGAUGCGAAUACGAUGGCUCAGGCAGAGAAGUGAUUUUGAAGUCCAAGCCCGGGUCGUUUUUUGGCCUGGUGGUGUAUAAAGAUUUCCUGUUUUGGUCAGACUGGAAUCGCCGGGCCGUGAUGCGUGCCGGUAAAUUAGCUGGAGCUGAAAUUGCUGUCAUCAGAGAACACAUUUCCCACCAGCCAAUGGGCAUCAUCGCUGUGGCCAAUGAGACUUAUCAAUGUGAGCUGUCCCCCUGCAGUGUGAAUAACGGAGGCUGCCAUGACCUCUGCCUUUUGUCUCCAAAUGGCUCAGUGAGCUGCGGAUGUCGAGGGGAGCGAAUCUUACUGCAUGAUAACAGAUGUGUAUCACUGAACUCUUCCUGUAACAAACACUCUGAGUUUGAAUGCAGUAAUGGAGAAUGUAUUGACUACCAGCUCACCUGUGAUGGCAUCAGUCACUGCAAAGACAAAUCUGAUGAAAACGGGCAGUACUGCGAUCAGCGUAAUUGUAAAGAACAUUAUAAACUCUGUUCUAACCACCGCUGUGUAUCCAGUUCUCGUUUCUGUGAUGGAGUGAAUGACUGUGGUGACAACUCGGACGAGGCUAAUUGUAACAACCAGUGCUUUUCUUCAGAGCGGCGCUGUGCAGAUGGUUCAUGUGUAUUACAGACAGCCUGGUGUGAUCAGAUCAUCGACUGCGCUGAUGCCUCCGAUGAAAAGAACUGCAGUGGUGUGGACUGUGUUGAUUAUCAUCGGUUGGGCGUGCAUGUGCAUAGUAGUGGGUUCCUAAGGUGUAACUCUACAUCACUGUGUGUUCUCCCUGAUUGGGUGUGUGAUGGAGCCAAUGACUGUGGCGAUUACUCAGAUGAAACACACUGCCAAGGUCGUACCUGUGGGGAAGGCUUGUUCUUAUGCCCAAGUGGAAGCUGUAUCUCCUCCUCAUGGCUGUGUGAUGGACAAAACGACUGUGAGAAUGGAGAAGAUGAGCUACAUUGUGAUACGAAUCACACUUGCUCCGAUAAGGCGUUUCGGUGCAGGAAUGGAAACUGUAUCCCGCAGAGAUUUGUGUGUGAUCGUGACGAUGACUGCGGUGAUGAAUCUGAUGAAUCGCUUGAUUGCGAAUAUCACAUCUGUGAGAGGACGGAGUUUCAGUGCUCAGAUGGGCGGUGUUUACCCAGCGUCCAGUGGGAGUGCGAUGGUUAUCCGGACUGUCGUGACCGAUCGGACGAGGCACCUUUAAACCCGAAGUGUUCGGCUGCAGAAAGUUUGUGCAACGGCUCAUUUUUCAUGUGCGCUAAUGGCCGCUGCAUAUCGACGGCGACCGUGUGCAACCUUCAUGAUGACUGUGGUGACCAAUCGGACGAAAGAAACUGCAACAUUAAUGAGUGUAUGAACCGCAAACUCAGCAGCUGCUCACAGGACUGCCAGGACCUCCCUGUAGGAUACAAGUGUGUGUGCUGGCCAGGUUUUCGUCUGAAGCCGGACGGACGGACGUGUGUCGAUAUCGACGAGUGUGUGGAGACUUUCCCAUGUAGCCAGCAGUGUGUGAACACACACGGAUCGUACAAGUGCAUAUGCACGGACGGAUAUGAACAUCUGGAGACGGACGCGCACAGCUGCAGAGCUGUCUCAGCAGAGGAGCCUUUUUUGAUUCUAGCCGACCAUCAUGAAAUCAGGAGGAUUAGUCUAGAUGGGUCGAACUACACACUCCUAAAACAGGGUCUCAGUAAUGUCCUCUCCUUAGAUUUUGACUACAGAAGGGAUUUAAUAUUUUGGAUUGACACCAGCAGGCCGAGCGGACGCAGAAUAAACAGGAUGCGUCUCAAUGGCAGUGAUCUCAAGGUGAUCCAUAGGACGUCUGUGCCAAACGCCCUGGCAGUUGAUUGGAUUGGGAAAAACCUGUACUGGUGUGAUGCUGAAAGAAGAACUCUAGAAGUAGCAAAGUCAAACGGACUUUACCCAACCAUCCUAAUGAAGUCUGGUCUUCAAAACCCUUCAUCUCUUGCUCUGGACCCUUUGACUGGAUACGUUUUCUGGAUCGACUGCUGCGAGUCUCCACACAUUGGCCGGAUCGGAAUGGACGGAAUUAAACCACGCGUUAUUAUUGAUACUGAUAUUCACACUCCAUCAGCACUUACUGUUGACUACAUCAACAGCAGGAUCUACUGGAUAGAUCACAACCACAUUAUGUUUUCAGAUAUGGAUGGUUUAAGGAGAUACAAAGUAUCUAUCGAGGACAUGGGAGAGGUGACCAGUCUCUCCUUGUUUGAGGAUUUCCUGUACUGGAGUGACCAGAAGGGGAAAACACUGAAUCGGGCUCAUAAAACCUCCGGACGGGGACGCACUGAACUACUCAGCUUCUGGCAAACCAUUCGCGACAUUAAGAUUUAUCAUUCACUACGACAGCCAGACGUCCCGAAGCACCAGUGUCAGCUGAAUAACGGAGGCUGCAGUCACCUGUGUUUGUUGUCUCCGGGUGGAGGUUACAGGUGUGCAUGCCCCACCCACUUUUACCUGGCCAGUGACGACAAAUCCUGCCUAUCAAACUGCACUGCCAGCCAGUUCCAGUGUGGUACAGACGAGUGUAUUCCAUUCUGGUGGAAAUGUGACACUGUGGAUGACUGUGGCGACGGUUCAGAUGAACCUGCAGACUGUCCUGAGUUUAAGUGCCAGCCAGGCAGGUUUCAAUGUGGUUCAGGUCUCUGUGCUCUUCCACCUUUUAUCUGUGAUGGGGAGAACGACUGUGGUGACAACUCAGACGAAAUCAACUGCGAGUCGUACAUCUGUCUACCGGGUCAGUUUAAAUGCACUCGGACUCAUAAGUGCAUCCCGGUGAACCUGCGCUGUAAUGGACAGGACGACUGCGGAGACGGGGAGGACGAACGUGACUGCCCCGAAAACACAUGUUCACCCACACACUUCCAGUGUAAGACCACAAUGCACUGUAUCUCCAAACUGUGGGUGUGUGAUGAGGAUCCUGACUGUGCAGACGGAUCAGACGAGGCUGAUUGUGAUGAGAAGACAUGCGGGCCUCAUGAGUUCCGCUGUAAAAAUAAUAACUGCAUUCCAGAACACUGGAGGUGUGAUGGCCAGAGUGACUGUGGAGACCAUUCAGAUGAGGAGAACUGCAAGCCAGUGACGUGCAGCUUGAAGAACUUUGUGUGUGCUAAUGGAGAGUGUAUCUCUGCACGCUUCCACUGUGAUGGAGACUACGACUGCACUGACCACUCCGAUGAGAGAGGCUGUGAGAGCCGCUGUGCCGAUGGUCAGUAUCAGUGUGAAAAUGGGCUGUGUAUCUCAGUGAAGUGGGUGUGUGACGGACAGGAAGACUGUAAGAACGGAGAGGACGAACUCAACUGCAAACCAGCUAACACGGCCAUGACUGCCGGUCCUUCCUGUGGUGAAAGGGAGUAUUUAUGUGCGACGGGAGGCUGCGUGUCGGCCAGUUCACGCUGUGAUGGGAGGAUCGACUGCAUGGAUGGAUCUGAUGAGGUGGAUUGCACUCGGGAGUGCAGACAGGAUGAGUUUUUGUGUCGGAAUCGGGCACACUGCAUUCCUGCGCUGUGGCGUUGUGAUGGAAGGAUAGACUGUUUGGACCUCAGCGAUGAAGAAAACUGCCAAAACUACACAGUGACAUGCCGUCCUGAUGAGUUUUUAUGCAACAAUACACUGUGUAAACUGCACGUUUGGAUGUGUGACGGUGAGGACGACUGCGGCGACAACACAGAUGAAAAUUCAGACAUGUGUGUGAAGCUGCCAUGCCCUUUGAGUAGACCUUUCCGCUGUCGGAAUGGCAAAGUGUGUGUGCGGGAGGAGCAGGUGUGUGACGGAGUGAAUGACUGCGCGGAUAACUCAGACGAGGGGGAGUGCGUGAAUGCAGAGAGUGCGAGCGUCUGCGGUAAGACAGAGUUUGCAUGCGUCGAUGGGCGCUGUAUCGCGUCCGAGCUGCAGUGCGAUCUGUUCGACGACUGUGGAGACGGAGGGUCAGACGAAAAUGACUGUAAACCACUGGAUGGAGGCUGUUCAGGUCAGAACAACGUGUGUGGAGAUGAUGCUUUCUGCAACCAGACAGCAACACGAGCCGUGUGUCAGUGCAGAGCCGGAUUUAAAAGAGAUCACAGGAGCAAACAGUGUGAAGAGGUGGAUGAGUGCGUGUUGUUUGGAACGUGUUCUCAGUACUGCUCCAACACUAAAGGAUCCUACAAGUGCUCCUGCCACAGGAACUUUAAAGAGAUCAAUGGGGAGUGCAUCACUAAAGGUCCGGAGGAUCAAGUUUUGUACGUGGCCAACGACUCCGAGGUCCACAGAUUUGUGUAUCCCUUUAACAGCACACACACACACACGCUGUUCACUCGAUUUACCCAGAACACACAAGUGGUCAGCAUGGACGCUCUCUCCCAUCAGCACAAGUUCGUGUGGGCCACAAAGUCAGGGAUUUCCCAUCGAGAUCUGGGGGACUGGACGAAGAGCUGGACCAGCAGUGGAACCAUAUGUCCAGAUUACAAUCGUCCGGUUGAUCUCUCGGCUGACUGGGUGACCGGUUCUCUGUACUGGAUUGAUCAAUCCUCCCAGCAUUCGUUUACUUCAUCUGUUUUUCACGGGAAACGUUUACUGCAUCACUCCAUCAACGUGGGAAAAAUCGGGACUCAAAACUGCACACGGCUCAUCGCUGACCUACAGGGGGAGCCCUUCUGUAUUUCUGUGAACCCUGUCCGAGGGAUGAUGUACUGGACCGUGAUUGGUGAUCACUCUCACAUCGAGGAGUCGGCAAUGGAUGGAUCACUGCGGCGUGUUCUGUUUGGGAAGAACCUGCGCCGUCCCACAGGUCUGGCGAUUGAUUAUUACGGUGAGAGAGUGUAUUGGGCCGAUGCUGAGCUCUCUGUGAUCGGAAGUGUAAGAUUUGAUGGAUCAGAUAGUCAUGUGGUCACAAGCUUCCAACAUGGUGUCUCUCAGCCGUUCCGUAUCGAUGUGUUUGAGGAUUACGUGUAUGGUACGACUCUGAAUCAUCAGGUGUUUCGAGUGCAUAAGUACGGAAAACAGCGAGCUGUGACGCUCCACCUGAGGGUGGAGAGAGCUUCCAGUGUGCUGGUGUUUCACCGUUAUAAACAGCAGGAGGUCUUAAACCCCUGUCUCAGGAUGAGCUGUGACUUUCUGUGUCUGUUAAAACCCACUGGUGCCAGGUGUGUUUGUCCAGAGGGCAAAUCUCUCAUCAACAGGACAUGUGUAGACAUCAGUAGCAGAGCUGGACCAUGUCUCUCAGUGUGUGUCAAUGGUGGACGGUGUGUAUUGAAUGAGAGAGGUGAGGCUCGGUGUCUCUGCAGGUCGGGGUUCUCAGGCGAUCAGUGUGAGGUGAACCACUGUGCUGAACGCUGUCUCAAUGGAGCUACAUGUACCACUACUGCACAGGGGAGGCGCGUUUGUCUGUGUGCUCGGGGUUAUACUGGUGCGCUUUGCGAGAAGAGUGUGUGUGACGGGUUCUGUGAGAACGGCGGCUCAUGUGGUGUGACUGUCGGAAACCAGCCGUCCUGCAGCUGUACUGCAGAAUACACAGGAGAACGCUGCACUCACCAUAUUUGUCAGCGUUACUGUGUCAACUGGAAGACGUGUUCGGUCUCAAGUCCGAGCCGCUUGGUCUGCGUAUGUCCAGAGCGCUAUGAAGGCGUGAGGUGUGAGACUGAUCGCUGCACUCGUUGCAGAGCUGCACCAUGCAUCAUCCAAAACACCACUGGUGAGGUUUACUGCAACUGCUCUAGUGGACGACUGGCACCCAGUUGUCACGUGUGUGAUGGAUAUUGCCACAAUGAUGGAUCGUGUCACCUUGACUCUGAGACGUCUCUGCCCUUCUGUCUGUGCUCAAUAAACUGGACCGGCACUCAGUGUGAGAAACCUGCACACAACAGCAGCAUGACAGAGAACAUCAGUGGAAGAAGUAUUGGGAUCUUUGUUCCACUGGUUUUGCUGGUGUUAAUCAUUGCCACGGUAACAGUGGGCUUGCUUAUCUGUAAACAACGGCAAAGAGGCAAGCGUGUUCAGAGGCAGCCGAUGGCUAACGGAGGGCUGAACGUGGAGAUUGGAAACCCUUCAUACAACGUGUAUGAACUGGAGCACGACAAUCACAUGGAUGUGGGAGAAAUCCUGCACCCCAACUUCACCUUGCACCCUCAAAAGGGCUGGUGUGUGAGGUCAAGUGAGUCUCGCAUUCCACCCACACACACUGUACCAUCACGAACUCGUCCUGUUCACUCUGUUCCCAAGUCUUUAAUACCAGGACAGGCUGUAAACUACACCAACCCCAGUCACAGUAAAGCUCACAUGGAUGACCGUCAGUUUCGCAAAACGGUCAUCAGACUGAGUGAAAGAAGAGACGUUUACCCCAAAAGACUGGACGGGACGAUACACGAAACAGCUGCUUAAACCUAGCUUUUACACAAAUGGAACUUAUUUUUUAUCUAAAGACUUGCACAUAGAAAGACUUUUUUAUAAAAAUAAACGAUAAACGAUCAG